AUGGCUGCAUCCACCAUAUCUGUCUGCUCUAGUGACCUGAGCUAUGACAGCUGUGUCUGCCUGCCUGGUUCCUGUGAGUCUUUCACAGACUCCUCCUGGGAGGUGGAUGACUGCCCUGAGAGCUGCUGUGAGGCCCCCUGUUGUGCCCCCACCUACUGUCAAUCCACCUGCUGUGUCCCCACCUGCUCUGCCCCCACCUCCUAUACCCCCACAUGCUGUGCCCCAUCCCCCUGCCUGACCCUCAUCUGCACCCCUGUGAAUUGUGUGCCCAGCCCCUGCUGCCAGGUGGCCUGUGGGUCCAGCCUCUGCCAACCAAUCUGCACCAGCUCCUGUGACCCCUCCUGCUCUCAGCAGUCUAGCUGCCACCCCUCAUGCCAACAGGCCUGCUGCAUGCCUGUCUGCUGCAAACCCAUCGGCUGCAAGCCUGUCUGCUGUGUGCUCAGCUGCUGUGGGGCUGCCCCUUGCCCAGCACCUUCCUGCUGCCACCAAUCUAGCUGCCAGCCUGAGUGCUGUACAUCCUCCCCCUGUCAGCAGACAUGCUGUAUCCCCAUCUACUGCAAACCCAUCUGCUACAAGCCUGUCUGCUGUGAGGCUGCCCACUGCAAACCCUCCUCCUGCAUGUCCCUCAUCUUUCGCCCUGUGUGCAAGCCCACUUGA